CUUUGAAAUGUCUGUUGGAAUGUACUUUUGCAAGGGUUAUUACUUUCCACAUGCUUUGUAGAAUUCGUCGGUAUUUUAGAAAUUGUUGAAACGGUUUUGCGUAAAACUUGUUAAUCACUCAUUAUGAGAUCAUUUUAUACAAACACAUGUAUAAUAUUAAAAACAACUUUAAGAGAUUUUGUUUACUAAUACUUUACGUUUUUCAUUAUUUUAGGUUGCUUGGAACAUGUUUUGGCGAGCGUUUCUACUUGGCUUAGUAACAUUUUGUCUGUCAACAGAAAACCCAAUCCUGUCACCACGUUUCAGUGAUAAAAUGGAAAACAGCACUUUGGUAUUGACAUGUUCUGCUCAUCAAAGUACAAAUUAUUCAAAAUGGGGUAGAGUGAAGUAUGAAAACAAGUUUUCAUACAUGAGGUUUUCGCAAAAUGGGACAUGUGCAACAGAAGGGUUUCUUGCUGACGAUCCAAAUAUUGAAAUACGAUGUUAUAGAAAUGGCACUUUUAAAGUAAAAAUCAAACGGUUAGCUGUUCGUUAUCAUGGCCAAGGAUGGUAUUGUUUUGAUGAGAAGAAUCAUAAGAGUAACACUGCAUGUAUUAAUGUUCAAGUUCCCAUCAAAUACGUGAAAAUUGAGAACAGUUCCGACAAUAUCAUAGAGACAGUAGAAAAUGUGAAAACAACGUUAACCUGUGAGACAUCUGAAGGACGACCUGCUGCAAACAUUACUUGGACUAAAGUAUCUAAGAAAGAGAUAAGAACAGAUCUUACGCACAUUGCUAAGUAUAGAGUAACUAAACUAAAAAAUGGUAUGCUAUUGGCACAAAGCAGUAUUGAUUUAAAACCACGACGAAAGGACAAUGAUACUCGUAUAAUUUGUGAAUCCGCAAACGAAGUAUCAAAUAUAACAAGAAAUGAAGUCACACUUCAUGUCCAAUAUCCUCCAAGUGAACCAUUUUUCGAUCAAAAAAAAAUUGCAAGUGAUGGUGAAUUACAACAUAAUAGACUUUUCGUUAAGGAAGGAAGCAGUUUUAUUAUUAUAUGUAGAUCCGAUGGUGAUCCUCCUCCAACAUGCACAUGGAACAUUGAAAAUCAUGCAAAAUCUCAAAAUUUAACAUUUACAAAUAUAACAAAGGGGAAAACUGGUUCGUAUGAAUGUAUUGCAGAAAACGUAAUUCGAAGGUUUUCCAAAAAUGACAAAUUUAAGACACGAUCGACAUCAAUUCUGGACAUAGAUGUUGGAUAUAGAAGUCAAAUAUUACAGUUCAGUGUUACUGGUGUUGAUAAAAGGAGAACACAUUUCGAAGUAACUGCAAACGAAACUGUCCUCUUUACAUGCAGUGUUGACAGUAAUCCAGUGUCAUCUAUAGUAAUAUCAUUUAAACAAAGAGAACUGGUGCGCAAUAAAUCUACAAAGAGCUUAAGUUAUACUCAUAGAGUAAACUCUUGUUUUGAUGGCGGUGUUUAUCAAUGUGCAGCACACAACAAAUACAAUAUAAAACCAUCUUUAAAAAAUGUGAUGCUACGUGUUAGAUGCACACCAAUCCUUUCACCCGGGUUUGAUCUGAAAACAAACAUGACAAGUGCAAAGAAUGUAGCAGUAACUUUAGCAUUUACAGCUAUUGCCUAUCCUGAACCGGAAUUCGAAUGGUAUAAAUUAAGCAACUCGUCGUGGAAGACAAUUAGUAGUUACGUGAAAUACGAAAUCAAAACGCUUGGACGUUAUUCCAGUCUCACUGUAACCGUUACCACAGAAGACGAUUUCGGACAAUACAAACUGAGGAUAUUUAAUGCAGUUGGAAUUUUAGAACAGCUGUAUUUUCUAAACCCAAAUGAGAAGCCUGGUGCGCCAACAAUGUUCAAACAUUUACCAAAGUAUCUUACAGAAACGUCAACAAUACUUCAGUGGCAACCUGGAUUUAAUGGUGGUCCUGCACAGAUGUUUGUUUUGAAAUACAAACUUGACUUUGGAGAAAAUUGGACGAAAGUCAUUGUACCUGAUACCGAUGAAAAGCCAAUGCGAUACAGCCUCAUCGACUUGGAAAUGGAUUCAUUUUACGUCGCUGAACUGUUUGCUGUGAACUCUGAAGGGAAUUCAAUGACGCUUAACCUGACAUUCAAGACACAAG